GUUCAUAUUGGGUAUUACGCUAAUUAUAGCUCCUAUCAGCAUUGGACACCAUUUAUCCGCGCCGGUUGGGAAACACUAUUGAAUGAGAUGUUGGACUCAGAUGAUUGCACCUUGUCCUUGGACAAUCUAUUUUUUGAGAAACCGCUCGUCCACAAAGUAAAGCCACUGCACCAGGAGGUCAGGCCAUGGCAGCUGGAAGAACCUCCAUCUCUUUCACAGAUUCCACCCACCCAGGUUAUGCAGGAAGAGGCUAAGUCGCUCGCUUCCCUGUACAAAUUCGCAGGAUUCCCACAAAAGCUGUCAACCAAUCCCAUUGAAAAGGAGAAUGAAGAGACCAAAGAUGCCACCCGCAGCAACAGUAGAUAUGAUGGCCCCUGGGGCAGUGAAGGUUUUAGGGACCUCUGUUAUGGUCCCCGUCAGAGUAGUGUGGAUGAAAAUGACAGUCCACAAGAUACUAAUCGAGGAACCAUCAGUAUGAAGUAUUUAUCUGUGGAUGACAGAAAAGGUCCACCUCUGCAGAGAAGCUUUUUCAAGGUUCCCGUGUCGAGGCGUGGAGGUGACUCUUCAAAUGCAAACGACCUCUGUAGUAGUCAUACAGCAUCCAGACCUCAAACUUUUCUCAGUCCCGUUGCCAUGGCAACAGCACCUCCUCCUCCUUUUCAGUCACCGAGGGUGACAUUUAGCCAGGGCGCUUCUCCUUUCCCCUUCCAGCCAGCCUCCUCCCUCCCCCCUCCUCUGGUCUCAUCUGCAGCGAGCGUCAAAUCCUCCCAGCAGGCGGCCUAUGUAGAAAGGCAGGACAAGGGCACAAUGAGAGCCUUGGUUCCAUCCGUCGUGCCUCAGCCGCUCCACAUCCAAGGAUAUUCAGGAUCUGACAUUUUGCGCCCAGUCUCUGAGAUCUCAGCUAAGUUCAGACCCGUCUUCAGCGAGUUCCCCUUUUUCAACUACGUCCAGUCUAAAGCUCUAGAUGAUAUUCUUUACACAGACAAGAACUUUGUGGCAUGUGCUCCAACUGGAUCUGGUAAAACUGUGCUGUUUGAACUCGCCAUCAUUCACCUAUUGAUGGAGACCUCAGAGCCCUGGAGAGGCAUCAAAGCUGUAUAUAUGGCUCCCAUUAAAGCUCUCUGCAGUCAGUGCUUUGAGAACUGGAAAAAAAAGUUUGGACCUCUGGGGCUGAUUUGCAAGGAGCUGACUGGUGACACUGAGAUCGACGACUUCUUUGAAAUUCAGGACUCCCACAUUAUCCUGACCACUCCAGAAAAAUGGGACAGCAUGACAAGAAAGUGGAAGGACAACUGUCUGCUGCAGUUGGUCAGGCUCUUCCUUAUUGAUGAGGUUCAUGUAGUGAAGGAUGCAACCCGUGGUGCCACUCUAGAAGUGGUGGUUAGCAGAAUGAAGGCUGUACAUGCCUACAGGACAGUCCAGAACCAAGAUACAGGCAUCUCUAUGAGGUUUGUGGCUGUGUCAGCCACCAUACCCAAUAUUUCUGAUGUAGCAGACUGGCUAUCCAGUGAGAAGGGUCCAGCUUCAUAUCUGGAAUUGGAUGAGAGCCACCGCCCGGUGAAGCUGAGGAAGGUGGUGUUAGGAUUCCCCUGCAACCCUAACCAAACAGAGUUCAAGUUCGACUUGUCUCUCAAUUACAAGAUGGCCAACAUCAUACAGACUUACUCUGACCAGAAGCCUGCUUUAGUGUUUUGCUCCACUAGGAAAGGAACCCAGCAGUCAGCUGCUGUUCUGGCUAAGGAUACACGGUUUAUUAUGUCCGCCGAACACAAGCAAAGGUUGAUGACAUAUGCACAGUCCAUUCUGGAUUCAAAACUGAAAGAGCUGGUGAUGCUAGGGGUUGGUUACCACCACGCUGGAGUGGAAGCAUCGGACAGAAAACUGAUAGAAAACGCUUUUACUCUUGGAGACCUGCCUGUCCUUUUUACCACACGCACUCUGGCCAUGGGAGUGAACCUGCCUGCUCACCUGGUGGUGGUCAAGUCCACCAUGCAGUAUGUUGCAGGGUCCUAUGAAGAGUACAGUGAGGUGGACCUGCUGCAGAUGAUCGGUCGGGCUGGAAGACCGCAGUUUGACACAUCUGCCACUGCAGUGAUCAUGACCAAAAUGCAAACCAGAGACAAGCAUAUGAAACUGAUGAAUGGGAUGGAGAUUAUCGAGAGCAGUUUGCACAGUCACCUGGUGGAGCACCUGAAUGCCGAGAUAGUUCUCCAAACCAUCAGCGAUGUCAACAUGGCUCUGGACUGGAUACGCUCCACCUUCCUCUACAUCCGAGCGCUGAAAAAUCCAACACACUAUGGUUUCUCUGCUGACAUAGACAAGUGUGGAAUUGAAUCAAAACUUCAAGAACUGUGUCUGAAAAACCUCAACUCCCUGUCCUCUAUCAAUCUGAUCACUAUGGAUGAGGACAUCAAUAUUAAACCUACAGAGGCUGGCAAGUUGAUGGCAAGGUACUGUGUUGCCUUUGACACCAUGCUGCAGUUCAGCAAAGUGUCUGGCACAGAGAACCUCUCUGACCUGAUUGAGCUGGUGUCGAAGAGCAAAGAGUUCAGUGACAUUCAGCUAAGGGUGACAGAGAAAAGGCCCUUGAAUACCUUCAACCGGGACAAGAACAGAACCACCAUCAGGUUUCCGAUGGAAGGAAAGAUCAAAAGCAAUAAUAUGAAAGUGAACUGCUUGAUUCAAGCUCAGUUAGGGUCUAUCUCAAUUCAAGAGUUUGGCCUUACUCAAGACACAGCAAAGAUCUUCCGGAAUGGGAUGCGCAUCAGCAAAUGCCUUUCUGAAUACCUGAGUCAGCAUUCCAAAAUGGGUUUCAGUACUCUGCUCAACUCUCUGAUCCUGGCCAAAUGUUUCAGAGCGAAACUCUGGGAGAACUCUCCGUAUGUCUCGAAACAACUUGACAAGAUAGGCCAAACCCUGUCAACUGCUAUGGUGAAUGCUGGACUCACCACAUUCAGCAAGAUAGAGCAAACCAACCCGCGACAGAUUGAGCUGAUUCUCAACAGACAUCCACCAUUUGGAAACCAAAUUAAAGAAUUUAUCCUGCACCUCCCGAAGUAUGAGGUGACCUUGGAGCAGCUGCCAAGGUAUAGCUGCAAUAUUGCUGAGAUUGUCGUGAAGGUGAACCUCAAAAACCGAGAACUGCUGCUGUCCAGGAGAACAGCUCCCAACCAUCACUAUGUGUCUCUGGUCAUUGGAGACUCUGACAACAAUUGUGUCUUCCGGCAAAAAUUCACUGACCUUUUGUUGUUAAGGUGCAGUAGCUGGUCAAAGAAAAUUGAAGUGGUAAAGGCCUUGAAGGGAGAUGAGAUCAGUGUUAAUCUCAUCAGUUCAGAAUAUGUUGGCCUCGACCUCCAUCAGAAAUUCAAUGUGUACUACUCUGGAGCACGCAAGUUUGAGACUGAUAAUCUGGACAACCUGUCACAUGAGUCUGCUCAAGAGACACCACAGCAGUCAGCAGCAAACCUACACUCUGUUGACAAAGCUGCACCUCGAAGGGGAAACACCACAUCUUCUAUAGAGCAAGAUGGAGGUAAUAAAAGACAGUGCAACCACCUCUGCAAGAAUAAGGACCAGUGUGGCCAUGACUGUUGUAAAAUCGGUGUAUCUGUGGCACGAAAGAGGCUGGCAAGCAAAGCCGGGUGUUUUUCUUCAUAUUUGAGUGAUCUGAGGAGUAGGUGUGACACACUUGCACCCACUCCAGUGAAAAUACUCAAGAUGAAAAUGUCGGAGGACUCUGUGGGUGUCAACAUGCGGGAGUUUUCAUACAAACCUAGGAAACUACAUGCCUUGUACAGCAAUGACGGCUACUACCACAAUGCUCCCGCUGUGAUGAUGGAUCAGACCAGAGAAGGUUCUUCACAGUAUCCACACCAUAUGGAUGACUUUGACAAUGAUGAUGUUAUUUUUAUGGACAUGCACAGAACGAUGGAGAAGCCAGUCCAAGCUAAUGUUGCACCUCGUAUUCAACAAGCUUCCGAUGGGUGGAGGAAUGCCGGAUCACAUACUGCUAGACCCUGGCAAGUGUCAAAUCAGAGCAAUCAGAUUACCAGUGAGUCAUUGUCCCAAAUACCAAGUGUCAGUUUCGACCUGGGAAAUGAUUGGGACGACUGGGGCGACUUUGAUGAUGAGAAAUCCGUCCAUGCCAGUGAAACGUCACUGACUCAAACUCAACAAUCAACUGGAUGCAACAUAUCAGGCUAUGUGGCAACACCACCGUGUCGCCCUACUGCCAUUGCACUGAGAUCAGUUUCUCAGACUACACUGAACAAUCCUGGACCCUCACCAUUUACAGCCAGACAGCAGACCCAAACAAUGAAUUCAAGCAUGUCCAGUACAGCAAUCGCAACAAAGUUACCAGAAAGAGCGACUUCAACCUGUGUGGCACCACUGACUCAAAGAUUUAAUUUCUUUUCAACAAUGAGUGUACCGAGUGUUGCGACUGACAACAGCAGCAAAGAAGAAGAAGAAGCUUUUCUUGGAAUAUUUGAUGGUAUAUUUUAGAACUACUGGAGGAAAAAAAUAUUCUUUCCCCACUAAUGAAUGUUGUAUGAUGUUGUAUAUUUCCCAGAUACGGUUUGUUAUGUUAUAUGUCAUUAGCAUAUUUAUUCAGUGUAAAGAAACGGUACAUGCUUAAGAUAUUAAUGACAGGUUUGUAUUUAUUUGUGAAUUUGUAAAUUGUUGGGCCACUGCAAUUGUUAGGGCCUCAUUUCAAGUUUGUGUUUAUGUUUACAUCUCAAGAAGAUAAUGUACUUUCAUCGUUUGCAUUUCAUAUUUAUCAAAUUUAUUAAUUCAUUAAAAUUAUUUA